UAAUAGACAGAUAUGGCAAAUAUAAGGUAUAUUCAAAUCUUGGUCUUUGCCUUGUGUUCAAGCCUUCUCAUUAUCACAACCCAAAGCCAUGGCCAUUCUGGGUUGCCAAAAAGACAUGCACCUCUUUUCAUACUCGGGGAUUCAGUCUUUGAGGCUGGAAAUAAUAACUACUUUAACACUACAGCCCGGGCAAAUUAUAAGCCAUAUGGUGAAACCUACUUUAAGUACCCAACUGGGAGAUUUUCUGAUGGUCGUCAAAUUCCAGAUUUUAUUGCUCAGUAUGCGAAGUUGCCAUUGAUUCCACCAUAUCUACAGCUCGAUUUGCAUGAUUUUUCAUAUGGUGUCAACUUUGCAUCUGCAGGAUCUGGGGCUUUGGAUGGAACUCGCCGAGGCUCGGUGAUAAGCCUUAAAACUCAACUGUCAAAUUUCAAGAUCGUCAGGAAGUCGUUGAGGAAGAAACUAGGCGAUCAUGAAGCCAAAUCUCUGCUAUCAAGAGCUGUUUACUUUUUUAAUACUGGAAGCAACGAUUACCUUUUCGCAUUCGACACAGACCCAACUGUGCUUGGAUCCUACUCUCAACAGGAAUAUGUAGACCUGGUGAUAGGCAACAUGACUUCAGUGGUCAAAGGAAUCUAUAAGAGAGGAGGAAGAAAUUUUGCGUUGCUUGACCUCUGGCCUAUGGCUUGUCUUCCAUACGGAAGAGGAACACUUGAAAAGAAAGGUGCUUGCUUUGAUACAAUUACACCAUAUGUGACACUACACAACAAAGGACUUGCCAAUGCCCUGCAAAAGCUGGAGAAGAAACUCGAGGGAUUCAGAUACUCAUUCAUCAGUUCUAAUGAGUUUCUGACAAAAAGAAUGAACAACCCUUCUAAAUAUGGUUUCGUGGAAGGAAAGGUGGCGUGCUGUGGAAGUGGUCCAUAUGGAGGAAUUUUCAACUGUGGAGGAAUGAAGAUUUCCAAGAAGUAUAAUUUAUGUAAGAAUGUUAGUGAAUAUGUCUUCUUUGAUUCUUCUCAUCCAACCGAGAGGGUCUAUGAACAGUUUGCCAAGAAAAUAUGGAGUGGAAAUUCCAUCACUGCGCCUUACAAUCUGAAAGCACUAUUUGAAAAUUAGCCGAGUAAGAUUAUAGUAAGGGCAGAUGAUCCGACGGUCAAUAAGCAAAUAAUUUGUACUUCUUGAAAGAGAGGCAACAACUCAUAUGUCAAGCUUUGUCUCAAAAUAAGAUGCAGCCUUUGUAUUGAAUAUUAUAUUAUAUUUGUGUGGUGGUGGAAGGAGAGCCAACAAAUAAACAUUAUUUUAUA